CCUCUGACCCGGUGUCUUGUCUCUCCGUCUUCCUGUUCCAAACCACGUGGACGCGCGGGGGGCUGCGGGGCUGAGGCCGCCGCCGGGGCCGCCGUCGCGGGAGUCGCCACCCCCGCGCCCGUGCGAAGUCUCCGCGCGCCGGCCGCCCGGGCCUGGAGGUGGGGGCGCGCCCAUGGCCACCCAGGCGCACUCCCUCAGCUACGCGGGGUGCAACUUCUUGCGCCAGCGUCUGGUCCUGUCCACCCUGAGCGGGCGCCCCGUCAAAAUCCGAAAGAUUCGGGCCAGAGACGACAACCCUGGCCUCCGAGAUUUUGAAGCCAGCUUCAUAAGGCUAUUGGACAAAAUAACUAAUGGUUCUCGAAUUGAAAUAAACCAAACAGGAACGACCUUAUAUUACCAGCCUGGCCUCCUGUAUGGCGGCUCAGUGGAACAUGACUGUAGCCUCCUUCGUGGCAUUGGCUAUUACCUGGAGGGGCUCCUUUGCCUGGCCCCAUUUAUGAAGCACCCAUUAAAAAUAGUUCUUCGAGGAGUGACCAAUGACCAAGUUGAUCCUUCGGUUGAUGUUCUUAAGGUAACAGCUCUUCCUCUAUUGAAACAGUUUGGGAUUGAUGGUGAAUCCUUUGAGCUAAAGAUUGUGAGACGAGGAAUGCCUCCUGGAGGUGGAGGUGAAGUAUUUUUCUCAUGUCCUGUCAGGAAGGUCCUGAAGCCCAUACAGCUCACAGAUCCAGGAAAAAUCAAACGCAUCAGAGGAAUGGCGUACUCUGUCCGUGUGUCACCUCAGAUGGCAAACCGGAUUGUGGAUUCUGCAAGGAGCGUCCUCAACAAGUUCAUACCUGAUAUCUACAUUUACACGGACCACAUGAAAGGAGUCAACUCUGGGAAGUCUCCAGGCUUCGGGUUGUCACUGGUUGCUGAGACCACUAACGGCACCUUCCUCAGUGCUGAACUGGCCUCCAACCCCCAGGGCCAGGGGGCGGCAGUGCUUCCGGAGGACCUCGGCAGGAACUGUGCCAGGCUGCUGCUUGAGGAGAUCCACAGGGGUGGAUGUGUAGACUCAACCAACCAGAGCCUGGCUCUGCUGCUUAUGACCCUUGGACAGCAGGACGUUUCCAAAGUCCUGCUAGGACCAAUUUCGCCUUAUACGAUAGAAUUUUUACGGCAUUUGAAGAGCUUUUUCCAGAUUAUGUUUAAAAUUGAAACCAAGCCGUGUGGUGAAGAACUGAAGGGUGGGGAUAAAGUCCUGAUGACCUGUGUUGGUGUUGGCUUCUCCAACCUUAGCAAGACCCUCAAGUGAAACUGUCACGAGAGAAGUCCCUGUUGUCUACCUACAAAACGGAAGCUGCCAGAGGGACCAAGUGCAGACGUAUUCAUCCAGGACAGGAUAAUCUGUAUAUUAAGGACUUUCUUAAUUUUCCAUUAAAUAUACCAGUAUGCAAAUGAAAA